CGGAGGGCGCCAGGUGAAUGAAAGGGGGGCGUGUCGGUGCGCGGAGCUCCGUGGCUGCGCUGCUGGAACCCGCUGGAAGAGAUACAGGUUUACUCUGGAGCAGCAGCAGCUGGUGGAGCAAUGGAGAUGCAAUCCUAUUAUGCCAAGCUUUUGGGGGAGCUGAAUGAACAGAGAAAGAGGGACUUUUUCUGUGACUGCAGCAUCAUUGUGGAAGGGCGGAUCUUCAAGGCCCACAGGAACAUUUUGUUUGCUAACAGCGGCUACUUCCGAGCCCUGCUCAUUCACUAUAUCCAGGACAGCGGGCGGCAUAGCACCGCCUCUUUGGACAUUGUCACCUCUGAUGCCUUCUCCAUUAUCUUAGAUUUCCUCUAUUCUGGGAAGUUGGAUUUGUGUGGGGAGAAUGUGAUUGAAGUGAUGUCGGCUGCCAGCUACCUGCAGAUGAAUGAUGUGGUGAACUUCUGCAAGACAUACAUUAGGUCAUCCCUCGACAUUUGCCGAAAGAUGGAGAAGGAGGCUGCUGUGGCUGCAGCAGUGGCGGCAGCAGCGGCGGCGGCUGCAGCGGCGGCGGCAGCGGCGGCUCAUCAGGUUGACAGUGGAAGCCCCAGUUCAGGCCGGGAGGGUACCUCCUGUGGUACAAAGAGCUUGGUCUCCUCUCCAGCCGUGGGAGAGAAGAGCGUGGACUGCCUGAGAGAGUCCCCUUGCGGUGACUGCGGAGACUGCCAUCCCUUGGAACUGGUGGUGAAAGACAGCCUUGGCGGUGGCUCGGCUGACAGCGACCUCUCUACUCCACCCAAACGAAUAGAGCCCAAGAUGGAAUUUGAUGCUGAUGAAGUGGAGGUGGACGUUGGUGAACAGCUGCAGCAGUAUGCUGCCCCGCUGAACCUGGCCCACGUGGAGGAGGCCUUGCCCAGCGGCCAGACGGUUGACUUGGCUUACAGCAACUACCACGUGAAGCAGUUCCUGGAGGCGCUCUUGCGCAACAGCGCUGCCCCGAGCAAGGAUGAUGCUGACCAUCACUUUUCUCGGAGUUUGGAGGGAAGACCAGAAGGUGCAGGAGUAGCCAUGAGUUCUAUGAUGGAUGUCCAGGCUGACUGGUAUGGAGAGGACUCAGGUCCACAGAUCCAACCGUCCAAUCAUCUGCAAGGGCUGCAGGAGAACAUUCACAAGUCACCUGUCCCAGGGGCUGCGGCGCUUCGGGCUGUGUGACAGCUGCACCUGCGUUACAGACACACCCGACGAUGACGAUGAUUUGAUGCCUAUCAACCUAAGCUUGAUGGAGGCUUCAUCCGAAAGCCAA